GUUUAUGGCAGGAAUUGACCCUGAUGUUAAGACUAAAAUGUGUGACCCGGCGGCUAUAACGGACGACAAAAUGCUGAAACUUGCUAAAUGUGAUGCGGAUUGGGAGAAAACUGCGAGAACUCAAUGGGACCAGUACAAAGAGACUGUAGCCACUAAUUGUACGCAAAACUUUAAAUCGGUUCUGGUUAAUUACAGUAAUGUUAAGGUGGCAAAGAGUCAGGGACAGUUGUUGUUGAAAUGUAAUGUUGAGUACCGGGAUUGUCGUAGAGGGUUUGUCAAAACGUUUGACAACCUAUAUAUGGCACCCAUUGAU